AUGUACUUUUCAGGUAAAGAUAUCAACUCUAUCAUAGUUAAGAAACCAGAAGGGAAAGAAAUUGAGAUAAACAGAAAUUUAUUCGACAAUUUAUAUCAUCUGGGUGAUAAGGAGCAAUGUCUAAGAGUAUUAUUGGAUACCCCAUUAUUAAAGUUUGAAAAAUAUAAAGAUAAAAAAAGGCGAGUAUUAAGAAAUUUAGUAUCAGAAGAUGAUGAAGAUAAUGAUGGGCCAAUGUAUUCUGGAAGGAUGCCAUUUAUGCCAGCCUAUGUUUAUAUCACAAAUUUAGUGAUGAGAGCCAAGUUUAGAGAAAUAAGUAUUCUGGAGUUCAAAACCAAUUAUCUUGCUCCUCUUGAUAGUUCUAUCAAAGAAUCGAAACGUAAUCUUUUUCCUUCCUUAGAGGAACAUUUUCGGUCACCGUGGGGAAAUACUUGGAAUACUAAACAUUAUAUCAAGCAACAUUUUGAUGGAAAUAUAGUUUCAACAAUCGAGCGUCUUUAUCACGCUAUAAAUGGUUAUUACGAUAUAUUUGGAUAUUCCUAUAUUAUAAAAGCUGUCUUUAAUGAAGAUCAAAGACUUCGAACUGAUAUUAUGCAUUGUAGGAAUAAUAAAUCUACAUAUAACCCAGAAAUAUGUUUUGCAUUAGGUAGCUAUAAAUCAGAGAAUUAUUAUUUAUGCCAAGGCUUUGAUGAUUUCAAAUCAGCCAUAAAAAAUGCAACUAGACCAAUUGAAUACAUUUUUCCAGGACGAGAAUGGAGUCCCAGGGUAGUGUUUGCUCUAACACUUCGAAGAUUAAUUUAUGAGGCUUUCCUUUGUGGUACUGAUAGAGUUUUUAUCUCAGAUUACGAAACUUUUUCGGGAUUUUUCAAAUAUGAAAUCGUUGAUGAUCAAAUGGAAAUAGACUACUAUAUUAUAACUGAUCCAGAAACGAUCUUGGGGGGUGUCACUUUAAGAGCUGCUAUAGCUGGAUUUUUUUUCAAGACUGAGAAGGAAGCACUCAAUACCAGGAAAGUACUAGCAAACUCUUUCCAGGUGGCUUGCAGUACUAAAGGAUUUGAUCCGCUUUUGAAUGUACUUCCCAGGCCUGUUCAACUAUCAAGUAAGCUUUCAAUCGUUGAACUUCACAAUUUUAAAAUAAUUGAAGAAAUAAAUACUUUUGAUAUUUUUAGGAUAAUUACAGACGAACCGUAUUGGCGAAUAAUAGAAAAUGCUGUAAAAUGGUAUCCUACUUUGGGAUUCAAACUUCCAUACAGAGUGGUAGUUAAAUUAUAUCACUAUUCGACGUUGUUCUACGAAGAUAAAAACAAUGACUUGUUAUGGUUUAGCAUUCCCGAUAGAAGUGAAUAUUAUGAAUGGUUUUACAAUGAACUUGUAAUUAAUGAAAAAAUUGCGAAAUCACAGUUUGCUUCCAAAUUUCCCAAACUUCUUGUUUCUGGUUAUUGGAAUGGCCUUCCCGACCAUCCGAUGCAUAUACUUGAAUCACCAGGACCAGGAAUGUUGGAAGAAAAAUGGGAUAAGAAAGAAGUGCACCGAAUUGUCAAGUUGAGGCUUGAGGAACUCCAUCUGUUAGGAAUCUCUCAUAAUGAUAUUAGACUCUGUAACAUACAUGUAUCUGAGUCAGGUAAAAUUUCCUUGAUAAAUUUUGAACUGUCGGACAGCUCGGAUAAUGAGAAACAUAAAAAAAGAGACUUUGAAUGUCUUGAUGACAUAUUGAGGAUAAAUGAUUUUAGUGGAAAUUAA